UACAUUUUUAUAAAUAAAAAUGGCGACAGCAAUCAAAGAGCGUACAAUUCCUGCCAUGGACACGCUAGUCAAGUAUGACAAUCCAGUUUUAAUAACGACUCAUCCAGAGAAGAUACGUAAAGAUUCACCACUGACGAAGAUCGGUAUAGGUCCUUGUAAAAUUCAAACAACCCCGAUUUCGGCUGAUACAACACGACGGGAAACUAUCGAAAUUUUAAAUAGAAUUUUGCCGCCGAAGGAAUGGGAAGAGGAUGGCCAGAUAUGGAGUCAACGUGUAUCGAGUACUCCCGCAACGAGAUUGGAUGUAAUAAAUUUACAAGAGCAACUUGAUAUGCGAUUACAACAAAGACAGGCUAGAGAGACCGGUAUCUGUCCCGUUCGUAGACAGCUCUAUACUCAAUGUUUCGAUGAAUUAAUACGACAAGUAACUAUAAAUUGCGCCGAACGUGGAUUACUUUUAUUGAGAGUAAGGGAUGAAAUCAAAAUGACACUAGCUGCAUAUCAGACAUUGUAUCAAAGUAGCAUUGCUUUCGGGAUGCGUAAGGCAUUGCAAGCAGAACAAGGCAAAGAAAAUUUAAUUAAUACAGCCGAGGAAUUGAAAUUACAAAAAAAUGAAUUGGAGAGAAUGGUCGCGAAAUUAAGGCUCAAGUAUGAUCAAUUUGAGAAAAGAUCAGCUGAACUAAGAGAAGCGGAAGAAAAGAAACAUGCGGAGGAAGUGCAAUUCCUUAAAAAAACGAAUUUGCAAUUAAAGACUCAGUUGGAAGGUAUUAUAGCAUCAAAAAAAUAAGAAUUGUGAUGCCAAGAGAAUCUCAAUUUAAAGUGUAGUAUUUUAUAGUGGACAUGACGUAUUAUUCACAAGAAUGAUGUGUGUGCACUUGUAUGUGUAUACGUGCAUAUGUAUAAUUACUUGAAUAGAGAUAAAAAAAUUACACGAGAUUUCAAUAAAUGCAUACUCUAUGAAUAAAAUAAUAACAAUUUAUUGCGAA